AUGAUCCGGGACAGGAGGAUUCUGCGUGUGUGGAAGGAGACUGCAGCCCUGUUGGCAGCAGCCAGGAGCAGAGAGCAGAGAAACACUACCAGCACUGUGUUCAGGCUAAGGUGCUGGAGGCUGUCGGUCGCGGAGCAGCACCGGAAACAGGAGAGGCUGGCCCAGGCUGCCCAGUUCUAUAGAGACCAGCUCCUAAUGGAAGGGGUGGCCCAAGCCACUCACAUGGGCAGCUUCUGCACCAACAUAGCACUGCACAGCCAGGAGCAGCCCUGGCGCAGAGGGCCUCACCCACAGCCGUACACAGACUCAGUGGCGCAGGGAGCAGGAGACCGCACCCUCAACCACUUAUCUGCUGGACUCCCCGGUCAAAGAGCUGCUACCACCUGCAGCUCCUCUACAUCUAAGACCCAGUCUUCUACCACCUCCACCCCAGGUCCCAGUGACAGUGAGCCUCCACCCUGCUGCAGCCUCCCUCCCCAUCACUCCCGUACUGGCACAGCCAGCGCCCCAGCUUCGUCUCCCAACGGCCUCACAUUAUGGAUCACUAGACCAGGACUGCCCCCCUUCUCAUUCAUGACCACCCACACUCAAACUAAGCCUAGUGGCUCAUGGGUAAGAGACUCCUCACUACUGCCCCCCAAUGAGUUCACCAUCCUCCAUCAACAGCCAGAGUCUGAUGUAGAAGAUGUGUUAACUGAGGAGGAGGAUGGUGUGGAUCCCACCUUAGCCUGGACCAGAGAGCUGCUCAAUAUCCGCCUGGACAUGCAGUGCUUCCAACAGGACCGCAAGCAACUCCAGGCGUGGCUAAGACUUGAAGAGGUGUUGAGGAGCUGGCUGCAGACGAGUGGAAGUGAGGGAGAGACUGAGGAGAGGAACACUAUCAGCCAAGAGCUGGAUGAGAGAUGGAGGAGCAUAUUGGCAGGCUGUCAGGUGAACUGGCAGAGCAGAAGCCUGAUCUCCACAGCAGCACAGCCACAGGACAGGGACUGGGACAGGCCAUUCUCAGCAGACCUCCAGAGCAUGGGGCUACUGAUCAUUACUCAGUCCACACUAGAUGACAGACAGGACCCAGUGGUGUAAGAGAAGGAGUGGUGUAAGAGAAGGAGGGGCACCUUAGCCCUAUAUUGAGGAGCACAAGGACUUCUGAGGAGACAAUACACCUGUCCAUGUUUUUGACAUGUUGUCAUUCUCCACUGGUUGUUUUUAUAGUAUAAAACAUAAUUAUUCAAAAUAGAGGAAGAUUUACGGAAAUUGCAGCUUUUGAAUUUAAAACCCUAAUCUUGGUGAUAAUCGGUUGGACUGAGAAAGAAUGGAAUGGCAAGGCAGCUGUGUUUGAUUUAUGUUUGAUUCACUUGACUGUAUGCUGUAAUGGGCUUUUUUUAUAUAUGUAUAAUAUUUUGGUGUUUGUACAUUAUUGAAUAAAAUAUUGGCUACAUGCUUAAUUAUUUUGGUAAUUUCUGCAUUAAACUUUGCA